AUGGCGUUAGUGUCCUAUGCCAGAGAAGCGGAUCCUUCAUGCAGAGAACUACUGGUUCCGUCGCUCCGGAGAAGCCUGCUUUCUUUGAGUAUCAUUUGGUGGCUUGGACUCUUUGGCUACUACGGUGCUUCCUUGGGCAGCGGUUUAAUUUUCUCCUCCAGUGGUUCCUUCGACUACGGUGAACUGAUCUUCUCCAGCAUGGGGGAGAUUGCAGGAGUGACCGUAGCCAUGUGUUUGGCCUGGCGGGUCUCGGAAAUCAUCAUCCAGCCAUGGUUCUACUUGGUCAGCACCUUGGCUUGCCUUGCUGUCCUCAUUGCACAUGCCUUGAAGGGACCAGCUCUGCUGCUGGGUGCCCUAGCCUUCAUUUUGCGCGCUGGAAGUAUGGGUGCAAUUUCAGUGACUUGGGUUUUGACACCCACAGCAUUUCCAACACACGUGCGGUGCACGGCGCAUAGCAUUCUCUAUACUGCGGGCUCUCUUGGACCGGUCUGUGCCACGUUGUGGCCUGGAACAACGCCAUUAGCCGUGAUCAUGGGAAGCUACGCUGGGGCCAACUUGGUCUGUGCAAUUGUCGGGCAGUGGCAAGUCAAAGGUCUUGCAGCGCGUGGAGCCUUCGAUAGUCUCAUUUCAGACUUGCACGCCUCGAACCUGGAGCGCAGGGCCAGAUCCUCCAUCACCAGGGAGAGUCGUGCAUCGAGACCCACUUGGGCCAGUCGGCCCAGUUGGAUGAGCCGGCCCAGCUGGAGCAGUCAGCCUGAACGAAGCUCCAAUCUCCUGCAAAACGCUGAAUGAUCAGUUGAUGGCAAUGGGAAAUCCAUGGAAAUCCAUGGAAAUCCCCUAUAAAUGAAUGUUUUAAUGGGAAAAUGACGCGAAAAUCAUCUAUAAAUUUGUUGGAUUUUCC